UCCCGCCUUUUUCGCACUCUCUCAGCGCAGCUAGUCCUUUUAAAGUUCCGUAGAGGAACAGAAAAUACACACGACAAAUCACCAGAAAAAAAAAAUAAUAAAAAAAAAAGGAAGAAAAAAGAAAGCGUAGUUGAAAUUUUGACUCUGAAACGGAGGACAUCAGUCACACGAAAGAUACAUAUCGCGCUUAUUAAAGUUAUUAUUAGCUAGCUAUCGAUAGUAGGAAUAAGUUAGCAGAUAGCUGUAUUAGCUAACAUUUGCUAUCGAUAGCUAGCUAGCUAAUAAUAUUAUUUAGAGUAUUAUUUAUUCCCUCUCUUAAAUAGCGACAAACUGUACGCGAAACUUAAAGUAGCUAGCUACACAUUUGGGCAUUGUUCUGGGUGGGGGUUGUAUUUUUACUUCGACGACGAAGGACAUCGGUAGCUGCGGAGAGAAAGGCCGUCUGAAAACGACAAAAAAUCCAAUAAAAUGGCGGAGCCGGACAAAUUAAACAUUGACUCCAUAAUACAACGUCUCCUAGAAGUGAAGGGCUCUCGGCCCGGGAAGAAUGUGCAGCUGACGGAGAGUGAGAUCCGGGGCCUCUGCCUGAAGUCUCGUGAGAUCUUCCUGAGCCAGCCCAUCUUGCUCGAGCUGGAGGCUCCGCUCAAGAUCUGCGGUGAUGUUCACGGGCAGUACUACGACCUGCUGCGGCUCUUUGAGUACGGGGGGUUCCCCCCCGAGAGUAACUACCUGUUCCUGGGGGACUACGUGGACCGGGGCAAGCAGAGCCUGGAGACCAUCUGCCUGCUGCUGGCCUACAAGGUCAAGUACCCCGAGAACUUCUUCCUGCUGCGCGGGAAUCACGAGUGCGCCUCCAUCAACCGCAUCUACGGCUUCUACGACGAGUGUAAGAGGCGGUAUAACAUCAAGCUGUGGAAGACCUUCACAGACUGCUUCAACUGCCUGCCUGUGGCCGCCAUCGUCGACGAGAAGAUCUUCUGCUGCCACGGCGGCCUGUCCCCGGAUCUGCAGUCGAUGGAGCAGGUGCGCAGGGUCAUGCGGCCCACGGACGUGCCGGACCAGGGGCUGCUGUGCGACCUGCUGUGGGCCGACCCGGACAAGGACGUGCUGGGCUGGGGGGAGAACGACCGCGGCGUGUCCUUCACCUUCGGGGCUGACGUGGUGGCCAAGUUCCUGCACAAACACGACAUGGACCUCAUCUGCAGGGCACACCAGGUAGUGGAGGAUGGGUAUGAAUUCUUUGCGAAACGACAGCUAGUCACUCUGUUCUCCGCCCCGAACUACUGCGGCGAGUUUGACAAUGCAGGAGCCAUGAUGAGCGUUGAUGAGACCCUCAUGUGCUCCUUCCAGAUCCUGAAGCCAGCGGAUAAGAAGCUGUAUUACACUGGAGGAGGGGGCAUGGGCUCUGGACGCCCCGUCACCCCCCCUCGAAAUUCAGCCAAGGGUGGAAAGGCCAAGAAAUAACACCUGCUCACACCCCCUCCCUGCUUUCCUCUUCCACCUCUUCCUCCUCUUCAUCACCAAACAGAAACCAAGCAAAACAGUUCCCAGGGUUUAGUCUUUCUCCGUGCUGAUGAUGCAGAAAUGUUUUAAAGUGUGAGUGCGUGUAUGAGUGAAGUUCCGUCUAUUUGUCACCAUACACACACACACACACACACACGUUUGUGCGCACACACACACGCAGACGUGCGUACGCACACAUCCGCUCACACACUCAAACGUACAGACUGACGCACUCACCCAGACCUGCACACACCCUCCCUUCCUCCCCCUGCCUGUGAGUGCAUCUCCUCUUUAUUACCGUGCUGUGCUGGGGGCGGGUUCUAGGGGCUCACCAUCAUGCUUUAAAUACGCCUGGCUGUUUUACUGUUUGCCUGCGUGUGGGAAGAGGGUCAGCACGCACACAGACCGGCGGCCAUUUUGUACGGACGGGCUCUCUCGCGCUUGAACACGUUUCAGGUCUGAUAUGAAAUUAAGUGUUUUGUAGAGGACAGCAGUGUUUUUUUUAUUUUUGAUUAACCUCUUGCCAGGAGAGAGAAGUGAAUUUCAGCGCUGAGUUGCGUGCCAUCUGCAGGGCCACAGGGCCCUGGGGUCGACACACAAGCCCAUUCAGCCCAUUCUUAUUUUAUUUUAACCCCCUUCUAAAUUGCAUGCCGCCGGUUGAUGAAUGCAUAAGUGUCAUUCUGCUUUACGGCCCAUUUUCUCUGCUUCCCAUCCCCCACCCUGGACUGAGACCAGCCAGCCGAACCACACGCUGGGGGAGCGUGGUCGGUAGCGCCCCUGCUGCCCGUCACACGUGCGUGCGCACAGCGCUGCUCCAGGCUGACCGGGUCAGAAGACGCACAGCAACCACAUUCUGCCGUGUGGAUACGCUGGAAAGGGCAGGGACGUCUUGUAGCGUUUCCCUGCUGAAGGACCCGGGCAAUGGUUUUUACGUUGGCAUGGGUAAACGAGUUCUGGCUGUAAUUAUAGAUGCUGUUUAACCCCCCCCCCCCCCAGUUUACUCUAGCACCUGGGUGAAGGCUGAAGUUUGGCUGUUUGGAAGUCUCCCUUGUGACCUUAGGCAGUGGAAUAUAGUGUGCAAAAAUUCUUGAAAUGGGAUUGGUUCUGCAUCAAUGAGUUUUAACAUUGUAGCAUAGCAAAUUUGCCAUGGAGAAAAUGUCAUCAUUCACCAUUUGUCUGUUGGUUAAAAGUAUGUGUGACUUUCUCUUGUGCUUUUGUUUCUUUUUGUUUUUUUGGGGGGUUUUUUUAACCUAGAAGGUGAGGCUUUAAGUUUGUAAUACUGCUUUACUGUAAUACAGACAAUCCGAUUUGUUGAACCGUACGUACUUUAAAGGCAAGCCUGAAAUCUGUAUGUUUAGAAACCCAACCGGACAGGACACUGUCAGAAUGGUCCUGACAUGUAAGGUUAGGGGAUCAUGUUACAGGAGUACAUCAAAUUCCCUCACUUUCUCCUGGACAGACAGGAGCGAGGAUCCAGUGUGAAUGCAAGCGCAACUUUAAUUUUAUUCCUAUUAUUGGACUUACCUUAAGAAUAUCUAUAUUAUUAUUAUUCUUUUUUUUUUUUUUUUUUUUUUUUACCAGACAGAGAUAAGUAGGGUAAUGUAGAUAAUGUGAGUUUGUAAAUUCUUUUUUUCUUUCUUUUUUAAUUUUUUUUUUUAUUUCUCAACCAAUCAGGGACCUUUUCCCCCAUGCACUGUUGCUGGGUAGAAUUCAGACUUUAAACAGAAUAAUUGCGAUAAAUGAAUCAAUAGGUUUAAAAAAAAAAAAAAAAAAAAUGGAAAAAAAAAGAAAUAUGCUAUUUUUUAUUUUUUAUGUAAUUUGUUUUCCAACCAAUCACAGAUCUUGUCUCUCUGUUACCAGGUAGAAAAUAAAAAUAGUGUAUUUGUA